CACUUUCAUUCUCCGUCGUUUCAACCGUCGUAAACACACUCACCAUUCAUCACUACACUUGCAUGCACACGCGCCGGCACAAAGCCGCGCGUGAAGGCCAGACUCAUAUACAAUCACCAUAUCAUGACUGUUACCACCUUCGUCACGUUACUAUUCGUCGUUUUAAUCUCUAUUUCCAUUGUUUCAAGCGAGAAUCAUGACUUUCACGGUGCAGUGUUCAACGUGAGAUCUAAAUUCUCCGCGAAGGAUCGGUCGAUUAGUUCUCUUAAAGCUCACGAUAGUUACCGUCACCUUAAACGUGUUGUUGACGCCGGUGUUGAUGUUCAUAUCGGUGGAAGCGGUCGUCCUGAUUCGGUUGGGCUUUACUAUACCAAAAUCGGAAUAGGAACACCGCCAAAGGAAUACCAUGUGCAAGUGGAUACAGGAUCCGAUAUAAUGUGGAUCAAUUGCAUACAAUGCCAAGGGUGCGUUAAUAAAGGCUAUCAUGGGCUGGAUCUUACACAGUAUGAUCCAAACGCUUCGUAUACUGAAAAACCGGUGACAUGUCAAGAAGAGAUUUGCAAGGACAUCAAUGGGGUUACAGACACAGUUCAUGGUUGCAAGGCUAAUGCAUCUUGUUUCUAUAACGAGAACUACGGAGAUGGGAGUAACAGUAUGGGUUACAUGGUUAAAGACGUAGUCCAAUACGACAGUGUGUUCGGUGACUUAAUAACUCAGCUGGAAAAAGCAAGUGUUAUUUUCGGGUGUGGUACUAUACAAACUGGCACCAUAAAUUCUUCUGAUGAUGCGCUUGAUGGAAUUCUUGGUUUCGGAAAUUCAAAUGCGUCUGUCAUAUCGCAGCUGGCUUCUUCUGGGAAAGUGAAAAGGAUGUUUGCGCAUUGUUUAGAUAGUGAUAACGGUGGUGGCAUUUUCGCAAUUGGGCAUGUUGUUCAGCCAAAAGUUAAUUCAACACACUUGAUCCAGGAGCAGGGACAUUACACUGUCAAUGUGACGGGAAUUGAAGUUGAUGCAGAGUUUUUGAAUCUUUCAACGUAUGCGCAGCAUGGAGGAGUAGAGAAGAGAAGGGCGAUUAUAGAUAGUGGUACAACAUUGGCAUAUCUCCCAGAAGUGAUCUACAAGCCAUUGGUGAAUAAGAUAAUAACAGGGAGGCUUGAUAUGAGACACCUAUAUCCUCAUGACGGGUAUACUUGCAUGGACCUCUCUGGAAGUCUUGAUGGUGAAUUUCCUGCAGUCACAUUCCAUUUUGAAAGUUCACUUUCGUUGAAGGUUUAUCCUCACGAUUAUCUGUUUGCCUAUGAUGGUUUAACUUGUUUGGGGUGGCAAAAGAAUGACAUGGGUUCUAAAGAUAUAAGGGAAACAAUUGUAUUGGGAGAUUUUAUACUCUCGAAUAAGCUGGUCUUGUAUGAUCUUGAAAAACAGACAAUUGGAUGGACCGAGUACAACUGCUCUUCAAACAUCACAAUUAUGGACGACAUCAGCAAAUUCUUAUAUUUAGUUGGCUCUCAUCGUAUAUCAUCGGCUUUCAGCUUGGUUAUUCAUAGGUCUAUAACAUUCAUGUUGUUGGUUUCUCUACUGAUAAUUCAUGCUAAAUAGUUAACUAAUAAUACAUUAAUAAAUUAAUCGUGGUGUGAAACAUACAUGUAACAACAACACCUUUAAUAAUAACAACA